CUGCAGUUUUCACUUGGCGGAAACUGCCUGGCGGAGUCGUUGAGGAUGGCCACACGCUUCUGUUUAUACCUACAGAUUAUUAUCCUGUUUUUGUGUUGCACGGUGUGUAGUACUGUCAUUUCCUGUAAAAAUGAAGCUGGUGAGCUUGUUGAUUGGUUUAUCAUCUACAAGCUGCCGAGGUAUAAGAUUGGCGAGGUCGGCAGCGGGGUGGAGUACAUGUACCUGGACUCCUUAGUGGGGAGCUGGCAGAUGAGUAAAUACAUGAUUAACACCAGUCAAGGAGCCAUAGGGAGCACACUAAACCAGCUUUACAUGGGGGAGGCCUACAAGUCCAACAGUUCGGUCUACACACUCUACAAUGAUGGGCCACCAAUCCUGGAUUACAUCAAAGGAUAUGGACACACUAAAGGGGUACUGCUCUUUGACCGCUCUCAAGGUUUCUGGCUGUCACACAGCAUUCCCCAUUUCCCCUCGUUCCCUGAGAGAGGCUACCAUUACCCCUCCUCUGGCAAAGUCAACGGCCAGACUGCUCUCUGUGUGACCUACAAGUAUGAACAGUUCCUCAGUAUUGCAAAGCAGAUGGUGUACAUUUAUCCGCGUUUCUAUAACUGCUCCAUACCUGCUGCCUUCUUGGCCGACCUGCCGCAGUUGGCCAAGUUAUGUGAGGGCUCCAAACCACCGCUGGCCUCAGAUAAGGGAGUGGAACAGCUUUUCUCAAUCCAAGGGGAGAAGUUUGUCAGUUUUGUCAAAUCUGAACGCUUUGUGGAUGACAUCUACACGGGCUGGGUGGCUCAGGUUCUGGACGCCGACCUGCUGGUGGAGACCUGGCAGAGGCAAGGUCAUGACCUGCCCUCCAACUGCUCCCUGCCCAAACACACCAUGAACAUCAAGAGGAUUCAGCUUCCCGGAUCAGUCCUGUUCCAGUCCCACUAUGACCACUCAAAGUGGUGCGUGUCAAGGGCCUAUGAGGACCAGGUGACCUGCCUGGGGGAUCUGAACAGGGACAGGGCCCAAAUGUGGCGCGGUGGAGGGCUCGUCUGCUCCUUCAACCCCUUGAUUUACAAGGCCUUCAGACAGGUGGUGGCCUGGUACAUCGGCUGUUGAACGAGAGAGAAAGAUCGGAUGAUUGGUACUGGGUUCGUCUCACAUGGGAUGGUUUGAAUCUGUUUCAAAUGCAUGGGACUAAAUGCGAAGGUAGAUCUAAUUAGGGUUAAAGCAGCUGGCGUGCAACCAGCAGACCACAAAAGUAUCAAAUUACCAUCAAUUUCAGACAACUACAACACUGUUGAAUUUAACUCUGGUUUCUUUAAUUGCUACUUGGACCUAGCUAAGUAGAUUCUUGUAGCAAACUGUAUGAUCAGUUAUUAAAACGUAAAGUGUAUUCCACUAGAUUGUACUUCCAAUUUUUGUUUCAGUUGGGGAUCUAUAAGAUGCAUUUUGACAUACAACAGUUGCAGAAAUCUGGACUGUAUUCACUUAUUCUGAUAGUUUUCCUGAAAGGAAAGGGGAAGCUCGCUGGAGAUCAAUGGCAAGGUUAUUACCAUUUCCCGCUUUCCAGCUUCUGUGUGUCAGAGUCUGGGAAUAUUUAAAAGUUUGUAAUUAAUAAGUUAAUGCAAAGACAUGUGUUCCAGUACAUACUGAAGUACUGACAGUCUUUUCCUGUAUAUGGUUUUGAGGAUUGAAGCCUUUGAUAAUCUCACUUGAAGAACAUGUGGCUGUGUGAAUUUUGAAUGAGUAAUUUUCAAAGUUACAUAGGCCACAUGAAGUGUAUGCAAAUCUGUGUCUCAGUAUGAGUGUGAGUGUGAAUAGAAAGUAGUUCUCACUGUGAAACUUUCUGGAAUGAAUGAAGAACAAUUACUCCAUCAACAUCCGAUUCGUAUCUGUUCAAUGUUUUGUUGUACUUUUGUGGAGACUGUGACUGGAUUUGCCAUCAUCUUAACUGUGUAGUUGUCACUUUGUCAGGAACAUGCACUUUGUGAAUAAUUUAAGGUAUGCAGGGUUUUGGAUUAAGGGGCAGUGGUGGCCCAAAGGUUAGAGAAGCGAGCUUGUGAUCGGUUCAAUCCCCGCUCUGGCAGUGGAUGUGGAAAGUAAACCAAGCUUGCCCUCACUCAUUUACCACCACUGAUGUGCCCUUGAGAAAGGCCCAACAGCUGCAGUGGAGCUGCUUAGUGUGAAUGUGAUCAGUGAGAGACUUCCUCUCAGUGAAGCUCCAUGAAUAAAUAAAGGUUAAAAAAAAAUGUUUGUACUUUAAGUGUAGUAUUUUCCUAUGUGGAACAAACGAUAGAGAACAUACCAAUAGUACACUUUACAUUUAGACUCUGCCAUGGAAUUAAGAUUAUGUUUCCAAUACACAACUUAUUUUCUAGAAUCAUGUCUGAUAAUAAAUAAAGAUGAAUAAAUGCUUAAUAAAGAUGAAUAAAAGCUUGAUAAAGAUA